UUUUUUUUUUAUAAUUGUAUUUCUACUUGUUUUCUCUUUACAUUGCAUUUGCUGUCUGGCUUCACUCACACAACAGUGAUGUAUUGUAAGAAGUGAUCGUUUGGUGUGGCGCCACCUGCUGUCAACUCGUGGUGUUGCAAUAAAUACGUGAUCAUCUCACGCCUGCAAGUUUUGGCUGGUCCAUGUCAACAAAGUAGCUAACACCCAGCUGGUAACUAACCAACACGCUUGGGUGGGGGGGAUUAGGAUGAUAAGGCUGGCAUGGCGUCGGUCGGCGUGCAGAAAUAGCCGCGUGGAGCCCGCACGCCUUUUCCCCGCAGCUUUUCUGAGAGCGGACGGUCCUCGGCAGAACUCGGGGGGUCACAUUAGGUGUUUCAGACCAAUCCUCCACCCACCAAGCGAGAGGUCACCGCUCCUCCGCCGCCCACAGCCGGCCUGCUACCUCAGCUCACCUGUCUUCAUGAGCAUGGCGUCGGGAGGGACGUCACCCCCCCCACCCCACAAACACACCAACAGGUUGGCCCAGGAGCGGUCGCCCUACCUGCUACAACACGCACACAACCCCGUCGACUGGUAUCCAUGGGGACAGGACGCUUUUGACAAAGCGAAGAAUGAAGACAAGCCAAUCUUUUUAUCAGUGGGCUACUCGACGUGCCAUUGGUGCCACGUCAUGGAGAGGGAGUCCUUCGAAGACGAGGAAAUCGGCAAGAUCCUGAGCGACAACUUUGUCUGCAUCAAAGUAGACCGAGAAGAGAGGCCCGAUGUGGACAAGGUCUACAUGACCUUUGUGCAGGCGACGAGCGGCGGUGGAGGUUGGCCCAUGAGUGUGUGGCUGACCCCGGACCUCCGACCUUUCAUUGGAGGCACCUAUUUCCCACCCACGGACCACGCAAGAAGACCUGGGCUCAGAACGGUUCUUAACCGGAUCAUUGAACAGUGGCAGAAUAACCGUCCGGCUUUGGAGUCCAGUGGAGAGAGGAUCCUUGAAGCCCUGAAGAAAGGCACGGCCAUCGCUGCGAACCCAGGAGAGGGUCCUCCGCCGGCCCCGGCCGUCUCCAGCCGCUGCUUCCAGCAGCUGGCGCACUCCUACGAGGAGGAGUACGGCGGCUUCCGGGAUGCUCCAAAGUUCCCCACACCAGUGAAUCUGAUGUUCCUCAUGUCCUACUGGUCUGUGAAUCGCUCCACCUCAGAAGGGGUCGAGGCUCUCCAGAUGGCCUUGCACACACUCCGCAUGAUGGCGCUGGGCGGCAUCCACGACCACGUGGCUCAGGGUUUUCACCGCUACUCUACAGAUUCCUCAUGGCACGUUCCCCACUUUGAGAAGAUGUUGUACGACCAGGCACAGCUGGCUGUGGCCUACAUAACUGCCUCCCAGGUAUCAGGCGAGCAGCUGUUUGCAGAUGUGGCUAAGGACAUACUGCUCUACGUCUCCAGAGACCUGAGUGACAAGUCCGGAGGCUUCUACAGUGCCGAGGAUGCGGACUCUGUCCCGGCAUCGGGGGGGCCGGAGAAGCGCGAGGGGGCUUUCUGCGUCUGGACCGCCUCAGAAGUUCGUGAGCAGUUGCCGGAUGUGGUCGAGGGCGCCGCCACGCGGGCAGACGUCUUCAUGCACCACUAUGGGGUCAAGGAGCAAGGCAAUGUUGCUCUGGAGCAGGACCCCCACGGGGAGCUGCAGGGCCAGAAUGUGCUGAUCGUGCGCUAUUCAGUGGAGUUAACGGCUGCUCGCUUUGGCAUCAGCGUGGAGAAAGCCAACAAGCUCCUGGCCUCGGCCAGGACCCAAAUGGCAAAAGUGAGGGAGAGCCGGCCACGCCCACAUCUGGACACCAAGAUGUUGGCCUCGUGGAGUGGUCUCAUGCUGUCGGCCUACGCCAGUGUCGGAGCCGUGCUGGGGGACAAGGCCUUGCUGGAGAGGGCGGUGCAGGCGGGCAACUUUCUCAAGGAGCACCUGUGGGAUGCUGAACGGCAGACCAUGCUCAGGUCCUGUUACCGUGGAGACGAGAUGGAGGUGCAACAGAUAUCCCCGCCCAUCUCCGGCUUCCUGGACGACUACGCCUUCGUCAUCGGCGGCUUGCUGGACCUGUACGAGGCCACGCUGCGGACGGAGUGGCUGCAGUGGGCCGAGGAGCUGCAGCUGCGGCAGGACGCGCUGUUCUGGGACCACCAGGGCGGGGGCUACUUCUGCAGCGACCCCGGUGACCGCGCGGUGCUGCUGCGCCUCAAAGAGGAUCAGGACGGAGCUGAGCCCAGCGCCAACUCUGUGUCGGCGUCCAACCUCCUGCGUCUGUCCCACUACUGCGGCAGAGGGGAGUGGCUCCAGAGGUCCCAACAGCUGCUGGCGGCGUUCUCCGACCGGCUGACCAGGGUGCCCAUCGCGCUGCCGGAAAUGGUCCAGGCCCUCAUGGCCCAGCACUACACGCUCCAACAGAUCGUGAUCUGUGGCCAGAGGGAUGCCCCGGACACCGCCGGUCUUCUAGCAGCAGUCAACUCCCUCUUUCUACCACAUAAGGGCAGUAUUGCGACUUCCAUUCCGAGGAGCGGAUCCACAGAUUGAUUUGAGUGAAGAUAGUUCCAGCAGCACGAGGAGGGGAUUGAGAUUAUCUGUAAACUCGGAUCUCGUAUGCGCCGACGACGUGAUUGUCUUCGUACGAGCCCUGUAAAGAAAAACAAAAGUCAAGUGUUACACGUUCCUUAAAGAAACAAAAGGUGGAACGCCCUGAGACUUCCUGUUGACAGGAGGUCACACUGCCACCUAGUUUUCACAAGACACAUGAACACACAAUAUGGAGAGCAUCCGGACAGGAGAAGUCAUGCGUCCUUUUUUCUUUCUAUUUCUUAAAUAACGGACGUCCAUAACCUUUUUGUUUGUAUACGAUGAAUGAACAGAUAUAAUGAAUAAAAGAUAUUUUAUUCAUUAUAUUUAUUUACCGACAGCAAAUGUGGUAUCGAAGCCCCUUUGGGUGUUAGCUGUAGUAGUAAUCAUCAUAAUAAUAGUGGUCCAAAAACUAGUACCCUCCAAACCCAAUAUUUAAAUAUCAAUAUAUAAUUUAAUAGGAAUACUGGCACUUUUCUUUUUUUUCUUCUUCCACUUCAAUCAAAUGUUUUUCAGCUUUUUUUGGGCCAAAAAGAAGGCGUCCUCCUUAUUGUUCCAAAAUACAAAAGUAGACCCACAACAGCGAGACGCACAAAGCGUUAAUUGAGAUUUUUUGACUUUUGCUGCGCUUCACGGACACAUCCGGCUCACUG